GAAUCUCGAUUUCCCUGCACGACAGCAUCCUAGACUAGGGUUUGGUGGAGGCUGGGGAGAGAACAGCCAUUUUCAUCUCUUUGAUCUGCAGACGACACUACUACUCUGAAUUGAUGCUGUUACGUUCAGUCCCCGAACCCAAUGGAUGACAUCAGAGGUCCUGUAGUGGGCCAGCAGCAUGGCGUGUACCCGGAAGGCCGUCAGCAACAGCACCAGCAGCAACAGCAGCAACAGCCGGCUGCGAGUGUCGAUGGUGUCCAACCGUUAGGUUGGCAGAGCAGUGAGCUAGGGUUGCUGCAGCAGCAGCAGGCUCGCAUGCACCAGCAACUCCUGAUUCAGCACCAGCAGCAGUGGUGGCAGCAGCGACAGCAGCAGCACUACUUAUUGCAGCAACAGUCUCUGCAGUGCGAACAACAGGAGUUUCAGCUUUUGCAGCUGAGGUCGCAACUGUGGCAGCAGCAGCACCAGCAGCAGCAGCAGUCACAGCAGCAGCAGCCGCAGCAACCACAGCUGCAGCAGCCGCAGCCGCAGCCGCUGCAACAGCAACUACAGUCACACCAACAGCAUCAGCGAGAGCAGCCGCAGCAGAAGCACCAACAGCGGCAGCAGCCACUGCUGCUGCAGCAGCAGCAACAAGAGCAGCAGAAGCAGCAAGAACAGCAACAGGCAUGGCGAUGGCAGCAGCAGCAGCAGCAACAGCAAGAGCAGCAGCGUGUGGAGUAUAAGCAGUUUCAGGAGCAGCAGUGGCAGCAGCUGGCUCAGCUGCAUGAACGGCAGCAGAAGGAGCUCUUGCAGCACCAGCAGCAACACACGCAGCUGCUCCAGCACCGCCAGCAGCAACAACAGCAUCAGCAGCAACAUCAGCAACAUCAGCGGGAGCAGCAGCAGCAACAGCAGCAGCAGCAGCAUCAACCGCAGCAGCAACAGCAGCAGCAGCAAACCGUAUCGGAACGUGCAGUUGUGGACGGCACUGGCGCGUCACCCUCUUCUCAUUUGGCGCUCCAGGCGUCCAGCCAUACCCAGCAGCAUCAGCAGCAACCGCAGCAGCAGCAGCCGCGCGCAGAGGAGACAGCGGAGGCACAGCACGCGCACCUCUCUCCGCGCUCCCCGUUUCUUCCUUCCGCGACCACCCCCGCCGUCGCUCAUCGUCCUCAUCGUGUGUGCGACGCCUGUUCCUGCCAGCCCGCCGUGCUCUACUGCGCCGCCGACGACGCGUACGUGUGCGAGGCGUGCGACGUCUUCGUCCACUCCGCCAACCCCCUCUCUCAGCGCCACGAGCGCGUGCGCCUGGGCCCAAACGGCGCGCCGCUCAAGAUUGACCGCAGAAGCGGGGGGUGCCUACCGAUGCGGCCGCCAUUCUUUCGCGCCCCCCUGCUGGAAGGCGCGGAGAGUUGGCGCAGAGCCUGCUUCCGCCCGCAGACGAGUCUCGGGUGCGGGGCGGGGCGGCGGCGUGCAGUGACGCGGAGGAGGGCUUGGCGGGAAGCGUGGCGGGGCCGGCGGCGGGCGCGAAUGGCGCGGAGAGCUCGCUGAGCGGGCUGCCGUCCAGCAUGUCCGGCACCAGCUCCUCCUCGCACCCCCCCGCCCCCGCCGCCCCGCUCACGCCCACUAUCCGCCCGACACCAAAGGCGCAGCCCACGGCGGGGUGGCUGGCGGGGGCGCGGGUGACGCGGGGAGGGGAGCUGGUAGAAGGGGGAAAGCGGCGGAUGGGACGGACGUCGCAGGGGCGAGCACGGUGAUGCCGCAAGGGGCGAGUGCAGGCGGGGCUAUGGGCGGUAGCUUGGGAAUGAGCAGGAUGAUACGGGAGGGUGCUGCGGCCAUGCAUGCGCCACAGGAUCAUCACCCGCAGCAUCAGCAGCAUCAGCAGCAGCAGCAGCAGCAGUCAACUUCACAAACCCGAGAAGCCGCGGCACAUGCGCAGGAGACAG